UUUAAACGAACGUGAACAAAACAGGAAGUGGUAGACGUUACUUUCGGUUGUUAACUCAGUACGUUUUUAAAUUAGUACACUUACAUUACUUUUGACACGGUCUUCUGACUUUGUUUUAACUUUGGUGACAUGCAUAGUAAUAUUAUUUUAAACUUGAUGUCAUACAUUACGAACAUGGGUAUUAUAACCUAAAACGUGCUUUUGGUUUGAUAACACAGAGCAAAAAAACGUCACUUCCUGGUUUGUGUUGAGCGGCGCUUCCUUCCUAGCUAAUACAUUAGCCAUAUCAUAGUUAUUGUAUUGAGUGUGGCUUUAAGUUAGUGAGGUUUUUGUUUCAUAAUGUCAGACUUGGAGGUGCGUGUGGUGUCCAUUGUGCAGCAAAUGGUUGACGCUACAGUGAGUGAAAUGAAGAAAGUUAUCGGUGCCUCAAUGAAGAAGAGUCCACAAGAAGAGUCAGGGAGCGAGGACAACAACGUGCAGGUGCUCUCUGACGAUGAGGUGGUCCUUCCUCUCAGCACAUUCAUGACAUCUCUGGCCCAAGAGGUGGUGGAGAAGAUCUGCCAGCUUUUCUACGAAUGUUCUUCUCUGGUGCACUUUGAAGUGUCGCAGGGCGAAGCUGAGGUGGAGGAGCUGAGGAAGAGGCUGCAGGCGGCAGAGACCGACCUGAGUCUGUUGCUGACAGUAGGUCGCGAAGAGGAGACGGCGGAAGUGGAAGUCACCCUCGCCGAAGAAGAGGACGCUAGCUCCCUGCAGCACUUAAAGAAGAAGCGUGGCCGAGCUGGUGGCGUCUGUGGGGUCAAGAGGUCGCCCAAGGGCAGAACAUACAAGGAGAGUGUCCAUCUUGCACCAAUAGAGGACACGUGUGUUGUUGACCAGAGUUUAGAAGACACAGACGCCCACAAUCAGCAGGAAGAUGCAAGUACUGCUGGACACACGAGAACAUCCAAACGUGCAGUCAGAGCGCGCCAACGCGUGUGCAGACGUGGCCUCACAUACACCUGCCAGUUCUGCCAAAAGAGCUUCAGCAUGAACGGCAACCUACAGCGCCACCUGCGCAUCCACACGGGGGCGAAGCCGUUCAGCUGCGACACCUGCGGCAAAAGCUUCAACCAGUCGAGCACGUUGAAAGGUCACCAGAGGAUCCACACGGGCGAGCGGCCCUUCGUCUGCAACACCUGCGGCAAGACCUUCAUCCAGUCGGAAACGUUGAAGAGUCACCAGAGGAUCCACACGGGCGAGCGGCCCUUCGUCUGCAACACCUGCGGCAAGGCCUUCACCCAGAAGAGCGCCCUGAAAACGCACCAGACGUUGACCCACAUCGCAGACAAGAAGCAGGCCUGCGUGGCGUGCGGCGCCGCCAUGUCCUGUGUCGACUUGCUGGACGUCCACCUAGACACGCACCACGCCAGCGUCCCGUGCGAGUGCGCUCUCUGCGGCCGACACUUGGGCUCCGUCAUGGAGCUUCGCUCUCAUCAGCAAGGCCACAUGAUGGACAAGCUGCACACCUGCGGCCUCUGCGGGAAGAGCUUCAAGUUGCCAAGUUACUUAAACAGUCACCUGAAGAUGCACAGCGGUGAAAAGGUUUUCUCCUGCGACAUCUGCCCACGCUCCUUCACGCAGAAUAGCAGCCUCAAGUUACAUCAGUUGUUGCACACGGGAGAGAAACCCUUCGGCUGCGACACUUGUGACAAGCGCUUCAGCAAUCUGGGCAACCGGAACCGCCACCUGCGCAUCCACACGGGUGAGAAACCGUACAGCUGCAACACGUGCGGCCGCCGCUUCAACCAGAGCAACAGCCUGAAGGCACAUCAACAGAUCCACAAGGGCCAGAAGCCAUUCAUUUGUGACAAGUGUGGCAAAGUCUUCGCCUACAUGAGGAACCUGAGGGACCACAAGUGCCUCUAUCAAGACCGACCGAUUAGCCCAGCAGAUGAUAAAGCUGUCCAGAUGUACUUCCUGGUGGACGACAAGGAAGAUGAAUCUGAUGACGAGGAUAUCUACCUGGAUGCUUUUCGAGUCAUAACCAGUAAAGUGCGAGGGAAGGAUGAGGCCGUGGGUUCGCUCCAUCAGAUUCAGAUCAGUUCAGGAGGUUUUUGUUCCAUAAUGUCAGACUUGGAGGUGCGGGUGGUGUCCAUUUUGCAGCAAAUGGUUGACACUACAGUGAGUGAAAUGAAGAAAGUUAUCGGUACCUCAAUGAAGAAGAGUCCACAAGAAGAGUCACGGAGCGAGGACAACAACGUGCAGGUGCUCUCUGACGAUGAGGUGGUCCUUCCUCUCAGCACAUUCAUGACAUCUCUGGCCCAAGAGGUGGCGGAGAAGCUCUGCCAGCUUUUCUACGAAUGUUCUUCUCUGCUUCGCUUUGAAGUGUCGCAGGGUGAAGCUGAGGUGGAGGAGUUGAGGAAGAGGCUGCAGGCGGCAGAGACCGACCUGAGUCUGUUGCUGACAGUAGGUCACGUGGAGGAGACGGAGGAAGUAGAAGUCACCCUCACGAAGGAGGAGGAGGAGGAGGAGGAGGAGGAGGAGGAGGAGGCUUGUUCCCCGCAGCACUUAAAGAAGAAGCGUGGCCGAGCUGGUGGCGCCUGCGGGGUCAAAAGAUCGCCCAUUGUUCACUUGUGGAAGGGCAGAACUUGCGAGGAAAGUGUCCAUCCAGCACCAAUGGAGGACACAUGUGUUGUUGACCAGAGUUUAGAAGACACAGACGCCCACAAUCAGCAGGAAGAUGCAAGUACUGCUGGACACACGAGAACAUCCAAACGUGCAGUCAGAGCGCGCCGACGCGUGUGCAGACGUGGCCUCACAUACAGCUGCCAGUUCUGCCAAAAGAGCUUCAGCAUAAACGGCAACUUGCAGCGCCACCUGCGCAUCCACACGGGGGCGAAACCGUUCAGCUGCGACACCUGCGGCAAAAGCUUCAACCAGUCGGACACGUUGAAAAGUCACCAGAGGAUCCACACGGGCGAGCGGCCCUUCGUCUGCAACACCUGCGGAAAGACCUUCAUCCAGAAGAGCGCCCUGAGAACGCACCAGAAGCUGACCCACGUCACAGACAAGACGCAGGCCUGCGUGGCGUGCGGCGCCGCCAUGUCCUGCGUCGACUUGCUGGACGUCCACCUAGACACGCACCACGCCAGCGUCCCGUGCGAGUGCGUUCUCUGUGGCCGACACUUGGGCUCCGUCAUGGAGCUUCGCUCGCAUCAGCAAGGCCACAUGAUGGACAAGCUGCACACCUGCGGCCUCUGCGGGAAGAGCUUCAAGUCGCCAAGUUACUUAAAGAGUCACCUGAAGAUGCACUGCGGCGAGAAGCCUUUCUCCUGCAACAUCUGCCUACGCUCCUUCACGCAGAAUAGCAGCCUCAAGUUACAUAAGGCGGUGCACACGGGAGAGAAACCCUUCGGCUGCAACACGUGCGACAAGCGCUUCAGCAGCCUGGGCAACCGGAACCGCCACCUGCGCAUCCACACGGGCGAGAAACCGUACAGCUGCAACACGUGCGGCCGCCGCUUCAACCAGAGCAACAGCCUGAAGGCACAUCAACAGAUCCACACGGGCCAGAAGCCAUUCAUUUGUGACAAGUGCGGCAAGGUCUUCGCCUACAUGAGGAACCUGAGGGACCACAAGUGCUUCUACGUGUGACCCCGCCUACGCUCUCUGCAAAGGUUAUCAAACAACUUGUGCAGAAAUGACUUAAUCGUCACCUUUUUUAAUGAUUGUUAUACCAAAAGACCUUCUGGUGCUGUUGGGAAUGUCCAAAAACUAGGAUAGCUGGGCCUAAAGCUAUGAUGGUUUUAAUUGAAUGUAUGACUAACUAGUACUACUACUAUAGUUUUGCUUGUGUGCAAUUCAAGAAGUGUCCAUGUUUCACACAGCAUGGAGCCCUGUAGAACCCCAACGGACUUUGCAUUGCCUCUGGGUAAUGCAUUGUUGUUAAGUAGUAAAGAAGGUGAAGGUGUGAAGUGAUUUAAAACCCCUUUUUCAUUGUUCCUGUAACAUGUGUUGCAGUGUGAAGCGCAAGCUGCCGUGACAGCACAACAACAAGAAGUCACUUUAGUGCUGGAUGUAUUGAUAAUUCCACAUCCAGUAUUUUCUUCCCUAAUUGGUUUAUCCACAGCUGACCGGACACUGAUGUGGAUGCUGCAGCUCUCAUCCUGCGCAGUACAUCCUCACCACUGAAUGGAAAUAUGGACCGCUGCUCUCAUUGUUCUUUCCACCAUCGAUCGUCAGUCUAGUGUUAGCCUCCACCCAGGGAUCACUGUGUCCGUCUGAGCUCCAGCUUUUUUGAUAUAUUUUAUGUCAAUCUGGAAUUUUACUUUUUAGCUUUUCGAGUCAUAACCAGUAAAGCAGAGGGAAGAAUGAGGCCGUGGGUUCGCUCCAUCAGGUCCAGAUCAGUUCAGGUAAGACAUUUGAGGACAUUUCACUUUUGCCUUUGUGCAUUAAAAUACAUGAAUGGAUCCAUUGGUUAAAGUAUUCAUAGAAAAACUAAAGAUUGUCAAUAGAAA